UGCAUAAAUUGGCAGCCAAAUUCAAGCGGCAGGCACCAGUAUCGUUUGGACUCCACUCCAAGUACGACACAAGCACCCGCAGAAAUAUUGUAUAUACGUGCAUAUAUAGAUACGCCUCUAUUUGAGCAGUAUAAGUAAUAAAAAAGCAGCUGUUUGCAUUAACGAGCGAUUUGGAGCUAGAAAAUGAGAUUGGUUAUAUUGGAAACGAGCCAAUCGGUUGGCAAGUGGGCGGCCAAGUAUGUGAUGAAGCGCAUCAAUGACUUCCAGCCGGGCCCCAACAGAUACUUUGUACUUGGUCUUCCCACUGGAUCCACUCCGCUGGGCAUGUACAAGGAGCUCAUUGAGUUCCACAAGCAGGGAAAGGUAUCCUUUCAGUAUGUGAAGACCUUCAACAUGGACGAGUAUGUGGGUCUACCCAGAGAUCACCAGGAGAGCUAUCACUUCUUCAUGUGGCACAACUUCUUCAAGCACAUCGACAUUGAACCUCAAAAUGUCCACAUAUUGAAUGGAAAUGCCGCAGAUCUGGUUGCCGAGUGCAACAAGUUCGAGGAUCAGAUCAAGGAGGCCGGCGGCGUUGAGCUGUUUAUUGGUGGCAUUGGUCCUGAUGGUCACAUCGCCUUCAAUGAGCCGGGAUCGUCGCUGGUCUCACGGACGCGUGUGAAGACCUUAGCGCAGGACACGCUGGAGGCGAAUGCCCGCUUCUUCGACAAUGACAUGAGCAAGGUGCCCAAGCAGGCACUCACCGUUGGCGUUGGCACUGUGAUGGACUCCAAGGAGGUGAUGAUUCUCAUUACGGGCGCCCACAAAGCCUUUGCCCUCUACAAGGCCAUCGAGGAGGGCGUCAACCAUAUGUGGACGGUCAGCGCCUUCCAGCAGCAUGCCAACACUCUGAUGAUCUGUGACGAGGAUGCCACGCUGGAGCUGCGUGUCAAGACUGUCAAGUAUUUUAAGGGCAUUCUGCGGGAUAUAGACGAAGGCGCCGCAAUAUAGGAUGGUUACAAAAACUGAGAUAUGAAGCCUUAUGGACGUGCAUUCCAAGUUAAUAGAGCAGCAGAAGACGACGUAACCUUUAAAUGGAUCCUUGAAAGAAGGACCUCUGUGUGGACACGAUCUCCAAGGAAGAUCCAAAAUUUUAUCAACUCGCUUAGUUAGAAAUUUAAGAUGAAAGUAAAAUUUUUUUGUUUGAAAUCUUUUCCCUGCCGUGUAAAUCGUUAUCAGUUAUCUUCAAUCUAUAUGUUUUUUAAUGUAUUCCUAAUUAUUUUUACAAUUUUUGUAACAAAUCAU